AUGGCAUUAAACCACACUGCCCUGCCCCAGGAUGAGCACCUGCCACACUACCUUCGGGAUGAGGAUCCCUUUGCUUCCAAACUUUCCUGGGAAGCGGAUUUAGUGGCUGGCUUUUACCUGACGAUAAUUGGGAUUCUGUCCACAUUUGGAAAUGGGUAUGUCCUUUAUAUGUCUUCUAGACGAAAGAAGAAGCUGAGACCUGCUGAAAUAAUGACCAUCAACCUAGCAGUCUGUGACCUGGGUAUUUCAGUUGUAGGCAAGCCGUUCACCAUCAUCUCUUGCUUCUGUCACCGCUGGGUGUUCGGCUGGAUUGGCUGCCGCUGGUAUGGAUGGGCUGGAUUUUUCUUUGGCUGUGGGAGUCUCAUCACCAUGACAGCUGUCAGCCUGGAUCGCUACCUGAAAAUCUGCUACUUAUCUUAUGGGGUUUGGCUGAAGAGAAAGCACGCCUACAUCUGCCUGGCAGUCAUCUGGGCCUAUGCUUCCUUCUGGACCACCAUGCCCCUUGUGGGCCUGGGGGACUACGCACCUGAGCCCUUCGGAACCUCAUGCACCUUGGACUGGUGGCUGGCCCAGGCCUCAGUUGGGGGUCAGGUUUUCAUCCUGAACAUCCUCUUCUUCUGCCUGUUGCUCCCGACGGCUGUGAUCGUGUUCUCCUAUGUGAAGAUCAUUGCCAAAGUUAAGUCCUCUUCCAAGGAGGUGGCUCAUUUUGACAGUCGGAUCCACAGCAGCCACGUGCUGGAAAUGAAACUGACCAAGGUGGCGAUGUUGAUUUGUGCUGGUUUCCUGAUUGCCUGGAUCCCUUACGCAGUCGUCUCUGUGUGGUCAGCUUUUGGAAGGCCAGACUCCAUCCCCAUACAACUCUCUGUGGUGCCAACCCUCCUAGCAAAAUCUGCAGCAAUGUACAAUCCGAUCAUCUACCAGGUUAUUGAUUACAAAUUUGCCUGUUGCCAAACUGGUGGUUUGAAAGCAACUAAGAAGAAGUCUUUGGAAGACUUCAGGCUGCACACGGUAACCACAGUUAGGAAGUCUUCUGCUGUGCUGGAAAUCCAUCAAGAGGUAUGA